CCUCUCCUAGGGCGGAGGGCCCAGCGCCAGCGCCAGCGUCUUCUCCGCCGCUUGGCAGCAACUUGCUUUCUCUAAGAGCCAUGCUUCGAGUGAUUGUGGAAUCUGCCACUAACAUCCCUAAAACGAAAUUUGGGAAACCGGAUCCUAUCGUUUCUGUCAUCUUUAAGGAUGAGAAGAAGAAAACCAAGAAAGUUGAUAAUGAACUCAACCCGGUCUGGAAUGAGAUUUUGGAAUUUGACUUGAAGGGGAUACCACUGGACUCUUCGUCUUCCCUUGUGAUUGUUGUCAAAGAUUUUGAGACAAUUGGACAAAAUAAACUAAUCGGCACUGCGACUGUCUCCCUGAAGGACCUGACUGGGGACCAGAACAGAUCUUCACCCUACAAACAGAUCCCCCUGCUAAACGAAAAGGGGCAAGACACUGGGGCCACCAUUGACCUGGUGAUUGGCUAUAACCCACCUUCGGCUCCACAUCCCAAUGACCCGAGCGGGACCAGCGUGUCAGGCAUGGGUGAAGAAGAGGAUGAAGAUCAGGAUGAAGACAGGGUAGAUGGCAUGGUCAGGGGCCCUGGACCCAAGGGGCCAUCUGGGACACUGUCAGAGGCUCAGCUUGCUCGGAGGAUCACCAGAGGAAAGAACAGCAGGCGGAUGCUGUCCAACAAGCCGCAGGACUUCCAGAUCCGAGUGAGAGUGAUUGAGGGCCGACAGCUAUGUGGUAACAACAUAAGGCCCGUGGUGAAAGUCCACAUCUGUGGUCAGACACACCGAACAAGAAUCAAGAGAGGGAACAAUCCAUUUUUUGAUGAGCUAUUUUUCUACAAUGUGCACAUCACCCCUUCUGAACUCAUGGAUGAGAUCAUCAGUAUCCGGGUUUAUAAUUCCCAUUCCUUGAGGGCAGAUUGUCUGAUGGGGGAGUUUAAGAUUGAUGUUGGGUUUGUGUAUGAUGAACCUGGCCAUGCUGUCAUGAGGAAAUGGCUUCUUCUCAAUGACCCAGAAGAUGCCAGCUCAGGUGCCAAAGGUUACAUGAAAGUCAGCAUGUUUGUCCUGGGAACCGGAGAUGAACCCCCUCCCGAGAAACGAGAUCGUGAUAAUGACAGCGAUGACGUGGAGAGCAACUUGUUACUUCCAGCUGGGGUAGCCCUCCGGUGGGUAACCUUCUUGCUGAAGAUCUACCGAGCAGAGGACAUCCCCCAGAUGGACGAUGCCUUCUCACAGACGGUGAAGGAAAUAUUUGGUGGCACCGCAGAUAAGAAAAAUCUCGUGGACCCGUUCGUAGAAGUCUCCUUUGCUGGGAAAAAGGUUUGCACAAAUAUAAUUGAGAAAAAUGCAAACCCCGAAUGGAAUCAAAUUGUCAAUCUUCAGAUCAAGUUUCCCUCCAUGUGUGAAAAAAUAAAACUGACAGUAUAUGACUGGGACCGGCUUACCAAAAAUGAUGUCGUUGGGACAACGUACCUAUACCUCUCUAAAAUUGCCGCCUCUGGGGGAGAAGUAGAAGAUCUCUCCUCUUCGGGAACUGGGGCUGCAUCAUAUACAGCAAACACAGGAGAGACAGAGGUGGGCUUUGUCCCCACAUUUGGGCCGUGUUAUCUGAACCUUUACGGAAGCCCCAGAGAGUACACAGGAUUCCCAGAUCCCUACGAUGAACUGAAUACAGGGAAGGGAGAAGGUGUAGCCUACAGAGGAAGGAUCUUGGUUGAACUGACCACUUUCCUUGAAAAGAAACCACCAGAAAAGAAGCUUGAGCCUAUUUCAAAUGAUGACCUUCUGGUUGUUGAGAAAUACCAGCGAAGGCGGAAGUACAGCCUGUCCGCCGUGUUCCAUUCAGCCACCAUGUUGCAAGAUGUCGGCGAGGCCAUUCAGUUUGAAGUCAGCAUCGGGAACUAUGGCAACAAGUUUGAUGCAACCUGUAAACCUUUGGCAUCAACGACUCAAUACAGCCGUGCAGUAUUUGAUGGGAACUACUAUUACUACUUACCGUGGGCCCAAACGAAGCCGGUGGUCACCCUGACUUCCUAUUGGGAGGAUAUUAGUCAUCGCCUGGAUGCAGUGAACACUCUCCUAGUCAUGGCAGAGCGGCUGCAAUCAAACAUAGAGGCUGUGAAAUCAGGAAUCCAAGGCAAAAUUCCUGCAAACCAGUUGGCGGAGUUGUGGCUGAAGUUGAUAGAUGAAGUCAUAGAAGACACGAGAUACACCUUGCCUGUCACAGACGGAAAAGCCAAUGUCACGGUUCUGGAUACUCAGAUUCGAAAGUUGCGGUCCAGGUUUCUCUCCCAGAUACACGAGGCAGCUAUGAAGAUGAGAUCUGAAGCUACCGAUGUGAAAUCCACCUUGUUGGAAAUCGAGGACUGGCUUGAUAAAUUAAUGCAGCUUACUGAAGAGCCUCAGAACAGUAUGCCCGACAUUAUCAUCUGGAUGAUCCGUGGAGAGAAAAGACUGGCCUAUGCACGGAUUCCUGCCCAUCAAGUCUUAUACUCCACCAGCGGUGGUAACGCUUCUGGAAAAUACUGUGGGAAAACCCAAACCAUCCUUCUGAAGUAUCCACAGGAAAAAAACAAUGGGCCCAAAGUGCCUGUGGAAUUGCGAGUGAAUAUCUGGCUGGGUUUAAGUGCCGUGGAGAAGAAGUUCAAUAGCUUCGCCGAAGGCUCCUUCACCGUCUUUGCUGAAAUGUAUGAAAACCAAGCCCUUGUGUUUGGGAAGUGGGGCACAUCUGGACUGGUGGGACGUCAUAAAUUCUCUGACGUCACGGGAAAAAUAAAACUCAAAAGAGAAUUCUUUUUGCCUCCCAAGGGAUGGGAGUGGGAAGGAGACUGGAUGGUCGACCCUGAAAGAAGCCUCCUGACUGAGGCCGAUGCAGGUCACACAGAGUUCACGGAUGAAGUCUACCAGAAUGAGACUCGCUAUCCGGGAGGCGAGUGGAAGGCAGCAGAAGACACCUAUACGGAUGCGAAUGGAGAUAAGGCAGCAUCACCCAGCGAGCUGACUUGCCCUCCAGGUUGGGAGUGGGAAGAUGACGCGUGGACGUAUGACAUAAAUCGAGCCGUGGAUGAGAAAGGCUGGGAGUAUGGAAUUACCAUUCCUCCUGAUAAUAAGCCCAAGUCCUGGGUUGCAGCAGAGAAAAUGUAUCACACUCACAGACGGCGGAGACUGGUCCGAAAACGCAAGAAAGAUUUGACCCAAACAGCUUCGAGUACUGCAAGGGCCAUGGAAGAGUUUGAAGACCGGGAGGGCUGGGAAUAUGCUUCACUGAUUGGCUGGAAGUUCCACUGGAAACAGCGCAGCUCAGACACCUUUCGCCGCAGACGCUGGAGGAGAAAAAUGGCUCCUUCUGAAACACACGGUGCUGCUGCCAUCUUUAAACUUGAAGGUGCCCUUGGGGCAGACACCACAGAGGAUGGAGAUGAGAAGAGCUCAGAAAAGCAGAAACACAGUGCCACCGCUGUGUUUGGAGCAAACACACCCAUCGUUUCCUGUAAUUUCGACAGAGUCUAUGUCUACCACCUGCGCUGCUACAUUUACCAAGCUAGGAACCUCAUGGCUUUGGACAAAGACAGCUUUUCAGAUCCAUACGCUCACGUCUCCUUUCUCCAUCGAAGCAAAACCACGGAGAUCAUCCACUCCACUCUGAAUCCCACCUGGGAUCAAACGAUUAUAUUUGAUGAGGUGGAAAUCUUUGGGGAACCCCAAACAGUUCUACAGAACCCACCCAAAGUUAUCAUAGAACUUUUUGACAAUGACCAAGUGGGCAAAGAUGAAUUUUUAGGUCGAAGUAUUUGCUCUCCUUUGGUGAAGCUAAACUCAGAAACAGAUGUCACCCCUAAGCUUCUCUGGCAUCCGGUCAUGAACGGAGACAAGGCUUGUGGGGAUGUCCUUGUGACAGCAGAGCUGAUUCUAAGGAACAAGGAUGGCUCCAACCUUCCUAUUCUUCCCUCUCAACGAGCACCGAACUUAUACAUGGUCCCUCCAGGGAUCCGGCCCGUGGUUCAGCUCACUGCUAUUGAGAUUCUAGCUUGGGGCUUAAGAAAUAUGAAAAACUACCAGAUGGCUUCUGUCACAUCCCCCAGUCUGGUAGUGGAGUGUGGGGGAGAAAGAGUCGAAUCGGUGGUGAUCAAAAACCUUAAGAAGACGCCCAACUUCCCAAGUUCUGUUCUCUUCAUGAAAGUGUUCUUGCCCAAGGAAGAACUGUACAUGCCUCCACUGGUGAUCAAAGUCAUUGACCACAGGCAGUUUGGGCGGAAACCCGUGGUUGGCCAGUGCACCAUUGACCGCCUGGACCGCUUUCGCUGUGAUCCAUAUGAGGGAAAAGAGGAUAUUGUACCUCAACUAAAAGCCUCCCUUAUGUCUGCACCCCCGUGUCGGGAUGUCGUCAUUGAAAUAGAAGACACCAAACCAUUACUGGCGUCUAAGUGCUUAAGCAGUAUGUCGACAGCACUCAGCAAAAUGGCUUCUCCAAGGACAGUGCAUCUGUCAGAAAAGGAGGAAGAGAUCAUUGACUGGUGGAGUAAAUUUUAUGCUUCUUCGGGGGAGCAUGAAAAAUGUGGACAGUAUAUUCAGAAAGGCUAUUCCAAACUCAAGAUCUAUGACUGUGAACUGGAGGAUGUAGCUGAAUUUGAGGGCCUGACGGAUUUCUCAGAUACCUUCAAGUUGUACAGAGGCAAGUCCGAUGAGAACGAAGACCCGUCUGUGGUAGGAGAGUUCAAAGGUUCCUUCCGAAUCUAUCCCCUGCCCGAUGACCCCAGUGUGCCAGCUCCUCCCAGGCAGUUUCGGGAACUGCCUGACAGUGUUCCGCAGGAAUGCACGGUUAGGAUCUACAUUGUUCAAGGCUUAGAGCUCCAGCCCCAGGACAACAAUGGCCUGUGUGAUCCUUACAUCAAAAUAACCCUGGGCAAAAAAGUCAUUGAAGACAGAGACCAUUACAUUCCCAACACUCUCAACCCAGUGUUCGGCAGAAUGUAUGAACUGAGCUGCUACUUGCCUCAAGACAAAGACCUGAAAAUCUCUGUCUAUGACUAUGACACCUUAACCCGAGAUGAGAAGGUGGGAGAAACGAUCAUCGACCUGGAGAACCGCUUCCUUUCCCGGUUUGGGUCUCACUGCGGCCUUCCCGAGCAGUACUGUGUUUCUGGAGUCAACACCUGGAGAGAUCAGCUGAGACCAACACAGUUGCUUCAAAAUGUAGCCAGGUUCAAAGGCUUCCCACCCCCAGUCCUUUCCGAAGACGGAAGCAGGAUCAGAUACGGAGGACGAGACUACCAUCUGGACGAAUUUGAAGCCAACAAAACCCUGCACCAGCACCUCGGGGCCCCUGAAGAGCGUCUUGCCCUCCAUAUUCUCAGGACUCAGGGGCUGGUCCCUGAGCAUGUGGAGACAAGGACUUUGCACAGCACCUUCCAACCCAACAUUUCCCAGGGAAAACUUCAGAUGUGGGUGGAUGUCUUCCCCAAAAGUUUAGGACCACCAGGCCCCCCUUUCAACAUCACUCCCAGGAAAGCCAAGAAGUACUUCCUGCGUGUCAUCAUCUGGAACACCAAGGACGUCAUCCUGGAUGAGAAGAGCAUCACAGGGGAGGAUAUGAGUGACAUCUACGUCAAAGGCUGGAUUUCCGGGAGCGAAGACAACAAGCAGAAAACAGAUGUCCACUACAGGUCCCUGGAUGGCGAAGGCAAUUUUAACUGGAGAUUUGUUUUCCCGUUUGACUACCUCCCGGCUGAGCAGCUCUGUAUCGUGGCUAAAAAAGAGCAUUUCUGGAGCAUUGAUCAAACAGAAUUUCGCGUGCCCCCUCGACUGAUCAUUCAGAUAUGGGACAAUGACAAGUUUUCUCUGGAUGACUACUUGGGUUUCCUGGAACUUGAUUUACAUCACACGAUCAUCCCCGCCAAGUCAGCAGAGAAGUGCAGUUUGGACAUGAUCCCCGACCUCAAAGCCAUGGACCCCCUUAAAGCUAAGACGGCCUCACUCUUUGAGCAGAAAUCCAUGAAAGGGUGGUGGCCAUGCUACAUAGAGGAAGACGGCGCCCGUGUGAUGGCUGGGAAAGUCGAGAUGACACUGGAGGUCCUCAACGAGAGGGAGGCAGACGAGAGGCCAGCCGGGAAGGGGCGGAAUGAACCCAACAUGAACCCCAAACUUGACCCACCAAACCGACCGGAAACCUCCUUCCUCUGGUUCACGAACCCCUGCAAGACUAUGCGCUUCAUCGUGUGGCGCCGGUUCAAGUGGGUGAUUAUCGGCCUGAUUGUGCUGCUCAUCCUGCUGCUGUUCGUGGCUGUACUCCUGUACUCGCUGCCGAACUAUUUAUCGAUGAAGAUCGUGAGACCAAACGCAUAAUGAAAGCAGAGCCUUCAAUCAGCAGCAAUGAAGAACUGCCUCACAUACUGAAGUGUGAUUUCAAGACCAAGACCACCCCAGGUCGAUGUGUUAAAUACUUCAUCAAGACUUGUCAGUUCCUAGCAGGUCUAAAUCCUAAGAGGUCAGAUAACAGGCUGCCUUCUUAUCCUGUUAUCUUUUUAAAGUAUUAAAAAAAACCUUUAUUUUCUAAGUUUUAAGUCUAUUUUCUGAGUAUUUUUAAGGUGGCUGGUUCCAUUUUAAAAUUAUCUUUCUAUGUGCUUUCCAUUUUACGAUUCAAGUUUGGGAAAUUACUGAAAUGAAUUUGAAAUGGUCUGUGUCUUCAUGUCAUAUGUUUCCUAUUUGUAAUCAAGAGAAAGAACCUCCAUUAUAAGAGGUAGCGGGGAUGGUUGGAACAGCUCUUAUUGGUGCUGCAGCCAUCAUUGUGGGAUUCUGUGCGGACAAAUGCCAUGAGACUCUUUGCAACCUCAAUGAUGAAUGCAAAUAAAAGUAUCUCACCUGGUA